AUGCUGGGACCUUACGAGGAAAUUGAUGCAGAAGUGAUUAGUCUUCUGAACGCCGAUUCUUGUAUUACACAAAAGCAAUUGCAUCUAGCUCCCAAGCUCUUUACUGAUGCCUUAAUCCACAAUAAGUUGACGUUAAUGGCUAUUACCUCUGAAGUUUACUCAAAACAUGCCACUAUAGAUAUUCAUUUAGAAACAAGCGAUGAUUCUUUAUUGUUUGCUUUGAUGGAAAGAACUUAUCAAAGAAAACUGCUUAUUGGCUUACAUACAAUGAACAUCCUCAUUACCUGUUCCACAACAAUAGUAGCAUCCAGAUUGCAAGAAGUGUUUGUUGGCCAUCAAUUCAAUGUCAGUCCCACCGAUUUUACUGUGAACAGUACAAGAGUUUUUCUGCGAUCAGAAGAAGUAUCAAGCUUCAAGAAAGCCUUCAGUUCUUGUCUUCAGCUCAGCUCCGACUGUCUACCUCCCAGUAUCUCAUGUUUAAGACAAUUGACAAGCUCCUUCAACCAUACAUCAACAUAUGCUUAUUUUAGAGCAACUUUGGAUGACUUUAACGAUACUAGAUUUAUGCCUGUCACUGUAUUUACUUUAUGCGACACCCCAGAUCAGGAUGGUUACGGUUCAAACCACAAUUCUGCGCCAAGAAUCGGUUCUUUACUGCUGCAAACAACUGCUAUUAACCUCAGCUUAAAACGCGAUCUAUCAAAAGAAACCAUAUCUUUGUUCCAAACUGCGUAUGAAUCUGCUCAACGUAAUGAAGAUAAUGAAUCAUGGAAAAUAAUUGAUCAAGUUAUGAAUCAAAUGAAUAUACUCAUUGAACAAAAUGAUGAUAAGCCAAUGAAAAUAUCGAAAUUUAUUCUUGGGACUAAUUUCAGCAAGGUGGCAAAUCUCGUUGGUAGUCAUCUAUAUAAAGCAAACCAAAAAGUAGCAAGUAACAUUAAAGUAAGACUUUUGGACUUGUAUGGUUAA